UCGGCGCUGGCCGCCGCGCUAGCGCUUCAUGGCGCACGGGGACUGGCCCGCGGCCCCGGGAAGCGUGUCCGGUCGGCGGCGGCUCCCCCGGCUCUCGCGGCUCGCCAAUGGCUCCCCGCCUACCCCCGCCCGCGUCCGCGCCCGUCCUCUGCUGCCGCCCUUUUCCCUCCGCUCCCCGGGACCGGCCAAACUGGUUUCUCCGCUCCGGGGUGGUGCCCGCCGUCACCCUCCGGCCGCCGCGGCCGCCGCGCGCGGUUGGGGCUGGGGCUGGGGCUGGGGGCGGGUCCGGCCGUCUGCCCUCCCUCGUUCCCUCCCGGGGGUGGAGAGCGGAGGCGCGGCCCAGCACCAGCCCCGCGUCCGCCGUGGGCCCAGGCAGCAGGCGGGCACCGCGCCGUGCCCCGAGCGCUCCCCUCCUCGCCCGACCGGUGACCCGGCAGCCGCGGACCCUCUCGGCGCCCCCGGGGCGUGCUCGCCUCGCCGCACCCCCAAGCGCGCGUCACUCUCCCGCCGCACUCGGCUGGCCUGGCCGCUGCCCGGGGUCGGUGACCGCGACGGCCUGGAAAGCUGGCGGGGCACUGCUGGCCUGGGACCUGAGCUCCCUCGAUCCUCCACAAUGCUCAAUCUGUCCAAGAAAACAUUGCACAGAAGAGAGACUACAGUAAGACGCAGCCAAUCCACACCCACAGCCAGAUCUGAUAAAUACCAUUCCUGCGGCUACAUUUAACACCCUUGUGUAGACACUGAAGACCUCAAGCUAGGUUGCUUCUCUUACAGACCACAUGGGGUGGAGUGAAGUGGGCCGGGGGGUAAGGUGUGGACAAGGAGACACACUGGCUAUUGCUUCAAAGAUUCAUUCAUUCAACAAAUGUUUAUUGAGUGCCUACUAUGUGCUAGACACUCUUCUAGUUGUUUGGAUACAUUAGUGUACCAAUUAGGCAAAUUGGAUCUUAAAAGGCAACAAAUGCUUUGAAAAAAUGAAACAAGACUGGCUGGAGGGGACCCCCGAGGGGAGCUGUAAAAGUUCUAUUAUGUCUCGAUCUGGGUGGUGGCUAGGUGAUGGUAUACAUAAGGAAGAGUUCACCAACCUGCACAAGUACGAUUUGUACACUGAAAUACAAAAAUAGAGCAAGUAAAAAAAUCAAGAGUGGAAGAAUGAGAUGCAAUUUUAAAUAAUGUCA